UUCAAAGAAAAACUCACCCAAAGAACGUAAAGGACUAGGGAUAGAGCAUGCAUGCAUGAAGAGACCGAGCUAGGGAGGAGAAAGAGUGAAGAUCGAGAGAGGAUUUCAAGUCUUCUUCUUCUCCUCCUCCUGCUCCCUCAUCAUGAACCAACAUAAUAUCACAAAUUAAACGUGGCUCUAAUUCGGGUAUUCCUUCAAGCUCUCAUGGCCCCAAGCAAACUCAAGAAAGCGAUUGGGGCCAUGAAGGACCAGACGAGUAUCAGUCUUGCAAAGGUUGGGUCCCUCUCAGAUUUGGAGGUCGCCAUCGUGAAGGUGACGCGUCACGAGGAGUACCCGGCCGAAGAACGCCAUGUGCGUGAGAUCCUCAACCUAACUCGCUUCUCACGAGCCCACGUGGCUGCCUGUGUCGCCAUCGUCUCCAAGCGUCUUGGCAAAACCAAGAACUGGGCGGUGGCGAUCAAGGCCCUCAUGCUCAUCCACCGCCUUCUCAAUGACGGCGACGCUGCGUAUGAGCAAGAGAUCUUUUUCGCCACUCGACGCGGGACCCGUCUCCUCAACAUGUGUGAUUUUCGUGACUCCUCACGAUCAGAAGACUCCUGGGAUUUCUCGGCAUUUGUUCGGACUUAUGCAUUGUACUUGGACGAGCAGCUCGAGUUGCGGAUGCAAAACCACCGCCGCCGCAGAAAGCAGAGAGGCCGCCGUUUAGGGUAUGAUGAUAGGGAGGCUGACGAGGAGGAAGUUGCAGCUUCACCAUUGCAAGAAAUGAAAAUAGAGAUGGUCUAUUCCAGAAUCCAUCACCAUGUCCAAAUUCUUCAACGAUUCUUAGCGUGCAAACCAACAGGUUGUGCAAAGCGGCACAGAUUAGUGUCGGUAGCUCUUUAUCCAGUAGUGAAAGAGAGCUUCGCGAUAUACCAUGAAAUGGCACAACUACUGGGGCUCCUCAUGGACCGAUUCAUGGACCUUUCCAUUCCCGAAUCCGUGAAAGUGCAUGAGAUCUUCUGCCGCGUCGCCAAGCAAUUCGAUGAGCUGCGCCUCUUCUACACCUGGUCCAGAUCCAUCGGAAUCGCACGCUCCUCCGACUAUCCCGACGACGUCGUCACGCUCAAUGACAAACUCGAUCUCAUGGAUGAUCUGAUCCGGGAGAAAUCCGAGUGGAAGAGACGCAGCAGCAACGAAGUAUCAUUGCAGGAAGCUAAUGAUCCGGAUCCGCUACCAGCGAAUGCUCUUCCACCACCGCCGCCGAUGAAGGAGGUGGAGGAAAAAGAGGAGGAGGAGAUAGGAGACCUGUUGGACUCGGGAGACGGAGGAGCGCAGAUGACCGAUGCAGCUGACCAAUUAGCUUUGGCUUUAUUUGACUGUGCCGCCGCCGCUGCGGCACCUUCCGCCGCCGGAGAUUGGGAAACCGUUCUGGUUGAAUCCGCUAGCUACUUGUCAAACAGCAAGGCACAACUCCCAGGAGGCUUCGACACCUUACUCCUCGACGGACUGUACCAACAGGGUUCAAUAAAUCGUGCGGCCACCGGUGUAUUGGCUAUGGGGAGUGCGAGCAGCGUUGCGACGGUGGCACCACAAGGCUAUGCGGACCCAUUCGCGGCAUCCCUAUCCAUACCGCCACCCCCAUACGUGCAGAUGUCAGAAAUGGAGAAGAAACAGAGAUUGUUAGUUGAAGAGAAGCUAUUAUGGCAGCAAUAUGCGGCAAGGGAUGGAAUGGGAUUGGGGUUCCCACAAAUUAACCACAACUUUUACCCUUACACGCCAACCUAUUGAUCCACAUUUUCGUCUCUCUGUUGAUACAUAUAUAUAUGCACGAAAGCUAGCUAGUCUUCACGGGGAGGGCUUGGCUUGGUAGAAUUAAAUCCACACCCACAUUUAGAGCCAAUGCCAUGCCAUGCCAUGGAUCAUAUUCUUAUUCCACAUCCAAAUCAAAAUGUGAACAAAGUCAAUGAUGACAUGACCUAAUAUGGACGGAGUAUUCUUUUAACCUAGAGCCCGGGGGCUAUCACUUUUUUGAUCUCUUCAAAAGCAUGCAAUUGAAGUUUUUGAUUCUACUUUUUGGGCCCGUUAUGUAAUGAAUGAAAUUCAGUAACUCUUUUUUUUUUAAAUAACAUUUUUUUUUACACUAGGGGUCUGGGGAAGCCUGAAAUAAUCAGGAUUGAAACUCACUCCAUUGAGUUUCGAAUCCUUAUGUGCCUAGCAGAUUUCGAACUCGAGACCUCUCACUAAGCAUGGUAGUCUUACAACCAGUUGGGCUGGAAUGCUUGGUUGAAAUUCAGUAACUUCUUUCUCUUGCAUUAUUAUGUUUCCUAAUUUGGAUCUGCUCAUCCCAUUUGUGUACACUAAAACACUUGAAAUUUU